AUCAGUCAUCCAAACCAGAAAACAACAGAACAUAUCAUCAGAAGAGAAAAUGGCUCUGAAGAAGAGGAAAGUAAGCAGAACAAGUUUACAAAAGUGGAAUCCACUUCUGAGAUCUUCAAAGAUGGGAAAGGAAAGAAAACUAGAACAGUGCUGACCAUUGGAGAAACUGGUAUAGGAAAAUCUUUUCACAUGCUAAAAUUUAUAAAAGAAUGGGCUAAAAAGGAAAAUGAUAACAGGUCAGUUUUCAGCUGGAUCAAAGCUAAAGUCUCUGUUCAGGCAAAACCUGUAGAACUUUUGUUUCUAAUUGACUUCUCAAAACUCAACUCGAUAAAAAAUAAAAACAUCAGUUUGUUUGGGCUUCUUAAUCACUUAUUUGAGGAGACCAAAAAUAUCCUCAUCUCUGACUAUUCCCAGUUAAAUAUUGUAUUUCUUUUGGAUGGACUUGAUGCAUAUCAACAUUGUUUCAACUUUGAAAACAGUCAAAUCUUGACUGAUGUCAGAGAACCAUCCUCAGUCGACGUGUUACUAGUAAACCUUAUCAGAGGAAACCUGCUUCCUAAGGCCCAGAUCUGGAUAACCUCUCAGCCUCCAGCUGCUGAGAAAAUCCCUGAUGGCAUCAUUGACAGACUGACAGAAAUACGAGAGAUACCUCAUAUCACAAGUCAAAGAAAACUCAAAAGACAACUAAAAGAUCAGUUUACCAGUGUGUCUGAAGGGAUUGAUGGACAGAAGACCUCAGCUCUUCUCAACGAGGUUUUCACUGACCUCUACAUCAUAGAAGGAGAGAAUGCUCAAAAUGAAGCCAUGCAAGUUCAGGAUGCAAAGUUCAAAACAGCAAAUGAAAAAACAUCUAUUAAAUACUGUGACAUCUUCAAACCAGCAAAUAGUAAUCAAAACAUUAGGACUGUCCUUACCAUUGGAGUGGCAGGAAUAGGAAAAACAUUUGCCUCAAUGAAGUACAUACUUGACUGGGCAGAGGGCAAAGUAACAGAAAACUUUUUUUUCAUUUUUCCACUUCCUUUCCGAGAGCUAAAUCUGAGAGCAGAUAAAGAACACAGUUUUGAAGAUCUCAUUCAUCAGUUCUUCCCAGCAUUGAGGACAUCUGAAAUAACUGAUUAUGACAAGUACAAGAUUCUGAUUGUUCUGGAUGGUUUUGAUGAAUGUCGUCUUGAUCUUGAGUUCAAAACCAUAAAUAAAUGUAGUGAUGUCACAACAACAACCUCAAUGAAUGUUCUGCUGUCAAAUCUCAUCCUGGGAAAUUUGCUCCCUAAAGCUCAAAUCUGGAUCACCUCUCAACCUGCAGCAUCCAACAACAUUCCUCCAGAAAAGGUUGAUCGAAUGACAGAAGUGAGAGGAUUUAAUGAUGAGCAAAAGAAAAAAUAUUACAUGAAACGAUUCACUGAGGUGAAGGUGGCUGAAAAAAUCUGGUCGUUUGUGAAGAAAUCAAGAAUACUUAACAUAAUGUGCCACAUCCCUAUUUUCUGUUUCAUCACAUCAAAGGUUUUGGAGGACUUUGUUAAAAGAAAUCAAGAUGAUGAACUGCCAAAAACUCUGACUUACAUGUACACACAUUUCCUUUUGCUCCAGCGCAGACAGACAAAAGUUAAAUAUAAUACAGAUCAGUCAACAUCUCGAACAGAGACAUUCAGUGAUAAAUCUAAUAAUGAAACAAUCCUAUCUUUGGGGAAGCUUGCUUUCAAAGGACUAGAGGAGAAGAACCUUCUCUUUACUGAAGAAGACUUGACCACUUGUGGGACUGAUGUAACCAAAGCUGCUGUUUUCUCUGGGUUGUUAACUCAGAUCAAACGAGCAAAUCAUGAGCUAUACCAACAGAAGCUGUUUUGCUUUCUCCAUAAAAGCAUUCAAGAGUUCAUGGCAGCUCUCCAUGUCUUCUACUCAUUUACUAACAAAGGGGAAAAUGUGUUCACAGAAUCCACCUCAGCAACCUCUGACCUUACUGCCUCAGAGUUUUAUAAGAAAGCAGUGGACAAGGCUUUUGAGAAUGAACAUGGGGACUGGGACAUGUUCCUUCGCUUCCUAGUGGGUCUCUCUCGGGAAUCUAAUCAGGAUCUGCUUCAAGAUCUGAUGGAUAAGAGUGAAAAACACAAAGAUACUAGUAAGGAAACAGCAGAGUACAUCAAGAAGAAGAUCAGAGAGAACAACAGUGACUCAGAGGAAAAUCGUAAUCUUUUCCACUGUCUUGAUGAGUUGAAUGACCACACCCUUGUUCAAGAAGUCAAAAAUUAUCUUAAUUCAGAAGAAAAACCUUUUGAAAAUUUCACUGCUUCUCAGUGGUCAGCUUUAAACUUUGUGCUGCUGACAUCAGAUGAAAACCUUGAAGUGUUUGAUCUUAAGAAAUACCUGAAAUCAGAGAAAGUUCUUCUGGGAAUGAUGCCAGUGGUCAAAGUCUCAAACACCACUUUACUGAGUUGGUGUGAACUCUCUGAAGAAUCUUGCAGUGGUCUGACAUCAUCAGUCCUAAGCAAACCAUCCUCAAAUCUCACAUUGUUGGACCUGAGUCAUAAUGAUUUGAAGGAUGCUGGAGUGAUGCGACUUGCUGAUGGGUUGAAACAUGUGAACUGUAAACUGGAGACUCUCAAGUUGGCAGGAUGUCAGGUGACAGAGGAAGGCUGCAUUUCUCUGGCUGAAGCUAUUGAGUCCAAUAGACUCUCAUCUCUUAAACACUUGGACCUGAGUUAUAAUCACCUUAGAGACAAAGGGAUGAGGGCUCUCAAUGCAAUAGUUGAGGAUCCAGACAAGAGACUUGAGACAGUGAACUUUAACCAUGAAGGAAAAUGUCGACUAAAACCUGGUUGGAGUAAAUAUGGAGCAGAUCUUAUGUUUGAUAAAAACUCAGCAAGCAGACGACUUGUUCUGACUGAAAACAACAAAAAGGCAAUAACUCAUAAUGAUGUCAAGAAGCUGGAAAUGCGAAAUACAAGUGACGAAAGGUUCAAGAGGACCCAGGUAUUUUGUGAUGAAGGCCUGCAACGACUUUGUUACUGGGAAGUGGAAUGGAAAGGCAUGGUGGGAAUUGCUGUGGCAUAUAAAGAUCUGGGUCGAGGCCAGGGUAGUGAUAGUGGUCUGGGAACCAAUGACAAGUCCUGGAGUCUGCUCUGCUCCAAGGAUGGAUACAAAGCCAUGCAUAAAAACACAAAAAAAGAAAUCAAAGUCCCAACUUGCAACAAAAUAGGUGUGUUUCUUGACUGGCAGGGAGGAACUCUAAGUUACUACAGUAUAUCAUCAGAAGAGCGGAGCUUGAUCCAUACAUUCAAAGCAAAAUUCACAGCAGAGCUUUUUCCAGCCUUCUGGUUUGAGAAAGGAUCUGUGACUUUGUGUGACCUGUAGAUUUAUGAGAGCACAAGUUGGAAAGACUGUAAGCACUUAGAGCAGUGUGAAAAAGUGUUUGUCCCCUUUCUGUUUUCAUGUUUUUUCUUUUUGCAUAUUU